GUGGGAGAACCAUUCCUUGAAUUUCUCCUACUAUUUCUCAACUUUUGCAGUUGGAAAUAAAUGUGAAAAGCCAUAAUGAGGUCAUCUCCUCCAUUUCUUUCUCUCUCUCUCUUUCGUUCUUUCUCUGAGUUCUCUCCGAGGAGAUUCUUCGUCUAGUCUAAGAAUUAGGACUGCGGGUGUGAAAACUCUUGUAGUUGCUGUCGGUUUAUGUCCGCUUAAUGGGGAAAGAACUCUAGAGUGGGAAGAGACAGAGAAAGAGAAACCCUUUGGAGUUUGGAACCAUGGAAGAGUCAGGAGACGUGAAUUCUGAAGAGAAUAAAGUUUUCCCUGAGAAAAAUAGGAAAAGAAAGCUUAAGACACCAUUCCAAAUUGAUGCUUUAGAGAAGUUCUAUAAUGAACACAAAUAUCCUGAAGAAUCAAUGAAGACGGAGCUUGCAAAAAGGAUAGGGUUGACAGAAAAGCAAAUCUCUGGAUGGUUUUGUCACAGAAGGUUGAAGGACAAAAAGCUAUUGCAGGAGGAAGCAUAUGCACAUGGAAAACAAGAUCUCUCAAGUGGCGUUAUACAGGAUCGUGGUAGUGGGCUGAGGCAGGAUUCUUGUGGCAGCACCAAACAAGAGGAUUACAGGCUUGUUGACCCUAGGGAAGUUGAAAGCCGGAGGUCCUAUGGUGAAGAUUUACAGGCUGCAGAUGGGACUUAUGAGAAUAGGGUUCAUUGUGCUGGAAAUUUGAGUGGUACAGAUGACACAUCAUCUGGAACUAGCUCUCCUUUACAAGAUAGGUUUUUUCCCCCGAGUGAGGAUCCUUGUGACAUGGAAACUUCAAGAUAUCUAGCACAGUAUGGAAGCAAUAUGGCUAUAAAGGCCAAGGGUGUCAAAAGUAGGGGACACAUUGGGCCAUCAGGAUAUUUGAAGGUGAAAGGUGAGGUUGAAAAUGCAGCUAUUACUGCCGUUAAGAGGCAACUUGGAAGGCAGUACCGGGAAGAUGGUCCGUCACUUGGUAUUGAAUUUCAGCCGCUUCCUCCUGGUGCAUUUGGGUCGCCAAUCAUGGCUCCAGUCAAUGAAUCUUACCAUGCUGGCACUCCCACCUUGCCUGGUUCUUCAAAUGUUCCUGGAGUUUGCAAGCAGCCUAAUCUCAGAGCGGGAUAUGAAGGAUACAAUUCCAAGAUGGGUUCACUUGAUUCUUAUAUGGAAGGGGGAAAUAAUGAAAUUAUCCGCGGAUCUGAUCAUCAGGACGACUACUCCCACCAUAAAUCAAAGAAAAAGUCUUCUUCACUGAACUACAGCGAUUUUUUAAUUGGCCAGGACCAUGCUAUAGAUAUUACUGAACAGCCUUCCGCAUCCAUGCAUAGCAGUAGCAGGAACUACCGGAGGUCUAAGCAUGGUGCUGAAGGGGUGAGAUUAGAUUCUGUUUCUAACAAUAACCUUCAGCAUAAUGAUGGAAAAUUUAUUAGUGGACUGAAAGAGCCUUGGUUGCAAAACUAUGGUACUGAGUCUACUGACAGCCCCAAGAUUGUCAUCGAUAGGGAAGGCUUUGAUUCUAAACGUCCAAGUUUGGUACAUAGGCAUGGUAAGUCUCUUGAUGCAGAGAAGAGAGGGCCAUCUAGAAGAAUGGCAAAGGAAGAGAAAUUUUAUGGUCAAAGGCGAGUAAUGAAAGAGUAUGGUGAUCCGGUUGGAGUAAAUUUGCAUCCAAAAAGUGAAACAAGGGUUGCUAAGAGAACCAGAGAUGAUCUCCAACAGCGAGUUUAUGUGGCAAAAGCACCAGUUGUGGAAAUGUGGCAACAGAAAAAUCAUAUUAAGGGACCUGUGGGGGAUAUGCCAUCUAGUUUCAGUGAGGAUGAAAGUUAUGAAACGGAAGGACUCUGUUCUUCCAUGGAAUGAUGGUGAAUGGUAGAAAGUCUUCAAGGUAUUUGCGGUAGAGGAUACAAACUCAAAAUUAGUGUUUGUACAGGAUUAAUGUGUGUUCAUCAUAUUAACAGGCUAACAGCACAACAUCAACUUGUAGGAACAUUGCUAAAAGUCGCUGUAAGGUUUUUAUCCAGUGUAUGAACCAAAUUCCUUUAGUUUGUCCUGCUACAGAUGUACAAAAUUAUUUAGGAGAAAUUGAGAAUUCAUAUUUACAUAUGAUUUUAUGGCAGUGCUAUUGUACGAUUGUCCUUUCACUUCCUACACGUUUGGAAGGAGGAAUGGACUGGAACCUGAAAAAAUGAAAUCAAAUUUAUAAUUGUUUUCUUCA